AAAUCCACCAAUAGGAACAGUCAAAGCUAUAAUCGCCAACAUUUGAAAACACCCUCCGUUCUGUGGCUUCAGCUAUCGGAAAAGAUUCUUCUUCAGAUCGAGUUUGAAGACAGCCUUACAAUGAAACUGCAAAGCGACGACGCAUUGAAAAUGUACUUUUAUCAGAACCGACUGGAAACGUUCGAAGGUUGGCCGUUUGAAGAGAACUGUUCCUGUACGCCGGAGAACAUGGCCAAAGCUGGCUUCAUACACACCCCUUCAGAGAACAGCCCUGACAUCGCCAUGUGUUUCUUCUGCCUCAAAGAGCUGGAGGGCUGGGAGCCAGACGAUGACCCAGAAAAGGAGCACAGAUCUCAUUCGGCAGCCUGCCAGUUCAUCGUCCUGAAGAAGAACGUUGAAGAGCUGACAGUGGAGGAAUUCUUCAAACUCCAGAAGGAGAGGCAAAAGUUUCAGAUCAUAAAAUCCUGUAACGCCAGCAUCACCAAGUUCGAAGACUCGGCCAAACUGAGAAGAGCAGAUAUCAUUAAGACGAUCAAGGGUGAAGAGUGAUGGAUGAGAUGGGCGGCGUGGGACAGAUUUAUCGUAGCUGGCUGACUGACUUGAUUGAUAUCCGGAUUCUUUUAUAUUUUCUUUUUAUCAAUAAACUUGUUCUUUCUACCGGCAUUUAUUUAUGUAUUAUCUCAGUGGGGGUUCUUCCUGGUUAAAUAAAGGUUUGAUAACUUGACUCGAUGUUUUAUACUGUAAUGAUGAGUGUGAGUUUCAGUCUGUAUAUGUAUGAAACUGGCAAGAGGAAAGCUAUACACUCAAUGAAAAGGGUCCUGCUUUAUUGUAUGUCAUCUAUUGCUAUUAAAAUAUGAUAUUCUGGAA